CUGUGAAAAGUGCUGCAUCCAGAUUCGUCUUCUUUUCCUCUCUUCAUUCAUUCCUUUCACUCCCGCUGGCCGGACGAACCUUUCGCUACACUCAUUUGCGAACCAGACUCUCGAGACUUCUCCCUUUACACUGUUGACCAGCCUUCAUACUUGCUCUCCCAAGCCUUUCUACCAUUUUCCUGACAAUCAACUCCACAUCAAGCAAAAUGCUCGCUCAAACCGCCAGUAUCGCUGUCAUUCUUGCGGCUGCCUUGCCCGCAGUCUCGGCAAAGGCAAGCCCCGACUCAUUCGAUGUUCAACCCGAUUUUGGCUUCUGUGUGCCAACCCUCAAAUAUGAAGGAGGACUUGGAGGACGAGCGGAUGACGACUUUGCCUACCUGGCUGUCGACCCUGUCAUUACACAAGAUGGAAAGGAGUCUACCAACCCCAGUGUCAUCAUCAGCCACAUUUGUGAUCAACUUGACGACUCUUGUGAGGCCAACGAUGCCGCAAAGACCCUGUGCCGUGAAGCCCAAAUCCAGAUGGAUGCCGUAGAGACUGACGGUCAGGCCACUGCCGAUAUGUGGAAUGAACUCAUCAAUGGAGGCUCCCAAGUCGCCUCUGAGCUCAAGAGACGCUCCGAGAGGCGACCAGCCAAGCGACAAAUCCAGUUCAUUCCUUGCUCUGCCCAACGAUGGGUCGAAAACUGCACGGGUUGGCCUAGGAAGCGAGGUGAACUUGAGCCUGUCCAAGAAGCCCAACCAGUCAAGAGGGCCGAGUUUGUCAAGCCAGCACCCGUCAAGAGAUCCGAGCCCGCCCAAGGCAAGAAGGAAAAGCGACAGCGAACAUUCAUUCCUUGCUCCACUCAACGCUGGGUCGAAAACUGCACCGGUUGGCCCUGAACAAUAAUUCUCUUUCUUGGGUUCGUAGGAUCAUCUGACCAGCAUUUGGCGAUCCAAGUUGUGUCCAUUAGACAUGCAAGGGCGGAAUUGGGGCCAUGGUUCAGGAUGACUGCCGAUAUCUGGCGUGUGUAGUGGCAUCUGUGGCGGAGUUGGUAUUCUUUUUGUCUUCAUACA